UUGAUGCAAUCGUCGCUAGCUAAACAAACAUGGCUCUGCUGCAUUAUCAGACUACAGAUCUUAAUGAUCGUAGGCAGGUGAAAAGGGGAAUAUGCGACAGUCAAUAAGAAACGUGCCAAACGUGAAGCUGUAGAUGGAGAGUUUAUAUGUUGUGAAGCUGGUUAGCUUAGUGUAGCGUUUUGUGACCGUGUUUACACACAGCUAAGUUAGCUCUCCCUUUUGGCUAAUGUAAGCUAGCAAAAUGGACCUUGGAACAAUGUUGUACAACAAUUUAAAAGAUGUUACAUGGAGCACGACGUCCUUGCCAUUAGAUCAACUGGUCAGUGCUUAUAGGCUGCCUCAAAUUGCCAAGCUGGACAACGGUCAGUUGGUUGAAGGGCUUAGAGACAAUGACUACCUCUUGAUUCAUUCCUGCCGUCAGUGGACGACUAUUACUGCUCACAGUCUGGAGGAGGGACACUACGUCAUUGGGCCCAAAAUAGAGAUCCCAGUACACUACGAAGGUCAGUUUAAGCUACUGGAGCAGGACAGAGAUGUCAAAGAGCCUGUGCAGUACUUCAACAGUGUGGAGGAGGUGGCCAAAGCAUUCCCUGAAAGAGUAUAUGUCAUGGAGGAAAUCACAUUCAAUGUGAAGAUGGCUUCAGGGGAAUGCAAUGAAGACACAGAAGUUUACAACAUUACACUAAGCACCGGUGAUGAACUGACAUUAAUGGGCCAGGCCGAGAUCCUCUAUGCCAAGACCUCCAAAGAGAAAUCAAGAUUCAACACAAUAUUUAAGAAGAUCGGGAAGCUGAACUCCAUCAGUAAGAUUGGUCGAGGCAAGAUGCCUUGUUUGAUCUGCAUGAACCAUCGCACCAAUGAGAGCAUCAGCCUGCCUUUCCAGUGUAAAGGCAGGUUCAGCACAUGUAGUCCUCUGGAGCUUCAGAUGCAGGACGGCGAGCACACCAUCAGGAACAUUGUGGAGAAAACCCGCCUCCCAGUCAAUGUCACAGUACCCAGCAGUCCACCCCGCAACCAGUAUGACCUCCACCUCAUCCGUGAGGGUCAUCGCUAUAAGUUGGUCAACAUUCAGACGAAGACAGUGGUUGUGUGCUGCAUUCUACGAAGUAACAAAAUUAUCCCCAUCCAUUUUCCCUUUCACAUGGCCAUGCCUAGAUUUAUUAUUCCAGAGGAACUGCUGCAAGGGGAGCUGUGGCUAGACACUAUGGUACAUCGGUGGUUCACCUUCUGCCAAGAGCAGUUUGACAUAGACGACUAUUCUCGUGCCGUCCGCGAUGUGCGGACAGACUGGAACGAUGAUGGAAAGAGCCCUAAGAGAAGUAGCGGGAAUGGUAGUUGCAGUGGAAGCAGCGGAGGCAGCAGCAGCUCCAACGGGUGUUCAAGCCACAUGCAGAUUCCCAGCUCUUUAACCUACGCCCGCGAUGAACUCACCCAGUCCUUCCACCGACUCUCUGUGUGUGUGUACGGCAGCAACCUGCAUGGUAACAGUGAGGUCAACUUGCAGGGAUGUAUGACACUAUGUGGAGAUUGGGCUCUUCUGCCAUCUGAUAGCAUUGCUUCAGACUCAGGAGAAAAUGAACACUUUUUCCCUGAGCUGCUGGACAGUACAAGCCAACAAACAUCCCUCAACAAGUCGGAUGUUCCCUAUGAGGAGCUGUGGUUGGAUCACUUGAGAGGCCAGAUUUCAAAACCUUCUUUAAGUGAGGUCAUUCGAGGCAUCAACAACGGCUGUGGCACAACAGCAGCCCUAUCAUACCCAGUCACUUGUCCUCUUGGGGCAGUAACCAGUUCGGAUGUCUCUCUUACGCCACCACCGGUCCCACCCAAGUCUGAAGCUGUGAAGGAAGAAUGUCGUCUUUUGAACGCCCCACCAAUCCCUCCUCGAAGUUUGAAACAGAUGCCAUCGGUGCCCAUCCUGUCAAAGCCACGUCAGCAAGAGACUCGGUCUCCAAGUCCAACCCUCUCCUAUUAUUCUUCUGGUCUCCACAACAUUAGUGGAGCAUGUGAAAAAGAAGCACCCGACCCACAAGAGCCAAGCCGUGUGUGCUACCCCUGUACCUGGGGUAAAUCCAACAGCACUGAGCCAAGUGCUUCUCUGCCCAGUGGUAGCCUGCCAUCAGAUGGGAUGUCCUCGAGGUUGUCUUGGCCAAAUAACUUCAGUGGAGGAGAAUCACACUGCAUGGAGGAAUUUCUACCAGCCAGCUGUCGGAGUUACUACAGUUACCCAAGAAAGAGAUCCCCGAGCACCCCGAAAACCUGCACAUCAAGCCUUGUUGACUUUGAUGGCCGAGAGCAUGCACAGAGCAGUAAUGACUUCAGGUUGCAGAAUGCUUCUCUGAAUCAGUUCUGCACAAAAUCUUCAAGCUACAAUUCAGAGAUGUACAGAGACAAGCCAAUAGAAGAAUCUAACACUAAGCAGAGCCUCUCUUGCCCCAUCUUACCCCCGAGAACGCCAAAAUCUAAUGCCAUAAAAAAGUGCACAGACUUACUCUGUGACAGUGAGCAGGAGACUCCAAAUUGUUCACUUACUCAGCCUGAGCAGAGCACCAAAGAGAUUUAUUCCAUCUCUAACUCAUUAACUCUUAACUGUCCAUCCUUCUCUCCGACUGCACAGUGGCAGCCCCCAUCCAGUCUGGCUGGCCUUUCUAUUGAAGAGGUGUCCAAAUCUCUAAGAUUUAUUGGCCUGCCAGAUGACAUUGUUUCUCUCUUUGUCUCUGAGAAGAUUGAUGGGAAUUUACUGUUGCAGCUCACUGAGGAGAUUUUGUCUGAAGACUUCAAGCUAAGCAAACUGCAGGUGAAGAAACUCAUGCAGUUCAUAAAUGGGUGGAGACCCAAGAUAUAACUAACAGUAUAUGACACUAAAGCCUGCUGUAAAGCAGAGAGAGUCAUGCCUUCAGUAUAUAUGCUAUGCACACCAAGCCACAGAGUUUCUUUUGUAUAACAUGAAUUUAUUUCCUUGUUACUAUAUUGUGCGGAAGAUAGUUGGUUAAUACGUCCCAGCCCACUUAAAGUCUGUGACUGCUAUGUACUAACUGAAUGGAAUCAUUUGGCACUUUCAUGAAGAUAUUUUCAUGUCAACAACUUAGGACUUUUUUCACCCACAGCCUACUGGUGUUCAUGUCAUUACACAGACCAACAAAUUUAAAGAAAAACACUGAUGAGACGAGGACAGGAUCUCCUUGAUGAGGACAUUGUGUGAUUCUGGUCCUAUUUUAAGGAUUUUUAAAAGAGUGCAACCAGAGAAUGGGCUGUAGUAUACAUUGUUUAUGUAACACAUGAAAAACAAUGUAAAAAAAAAAAAAAGAAAAAGUGAUUUUAUAAGUGGACAAACAGUUGGAAAUUUGGCUUUGGUAACAUCCCCCCAAAAUUAUCAUAUUACAAUUUUCAAAAAAAAUUAAUAAUAAUAAGCUUAUAUCUCAAACUUGCAAUUAUAUAGUAAUGCCGUUAGUGACAUUUGCUGUAUGCAGUGUUUUAAUUCAUUUUUUAUGGGAUUCAUUCCUGCAUGGUUUUCACAAGGUCAGGGGACGUGAUAGAGAAGGUUACUACAAGUGCAUUUCUAAACGUCACACAACAGUUGAUUUAAUUCACAACUGUCAAAUGAAGUCAAGUCCACCAACUGCUAACAAGUAUUAAGAUGUACUUGUGUUCUUUAAAAAACCUUCCCCUUUCAGCUCUUCUUAAGCACAAAGCUUCAUCUACAUCAGUGAACGUUUGUUUUACUUUUCCAAAUGAUGAAAAAAAAGUCAGUGAUGGAAACUAUAUUGUUUAGCCUGCAGUAUCAUACUGAUGUAAAGUUCCUUAGAAAAUUAAUUUGAGAAA